AUGAAGGCCAUCGAAGAGUCGUGCAUCGCAAUUAUUGUUUUAUCUGAGAAUUACGCUUCGUCAGAAUGGUGCCUGAUAGAGAUGGCGAAGAUUAUGGAGUGCAAGGAGCAAAACAACAUCUCCAUUCUACCAGUGUUUUAUAAAGUGAAUCCAAAUGAAGUGAGAGGGGGCAGAAAGAGUUAUAAGAUUGCUAUGGCUAAGCAUGAGUCCAAGUUCGGGGAAGAUUCAGAGAAAGUGAAGAAAUGGAAAGAAGCUCUUCUUGACACCGGUAACUUGUCCGGGUGGCAUUUGAAUGAUGGAGAUGAUGAGUCAAAGCUUAUACAAGAAAUUGUGAAGGAGAUCUCGACAACUCACCUAGCCCGAACACCUUUACAUGUUGCUGAGCAUCCAGUUGGGAUAGAUUCCAGAGUGGUUAAGCUAAAAUCAAUGUUGAACCUCGAGUCUAAAGAUGAUGUUCUCAUGGUGGGAUUAUGGGGACAGGGAGGCAUAGGAAAGACAACUUUAGGGAAAGCCAUUUAUAAUGAUAUUUUCAGACAAUUUGAAGGUUCGAGUUUUCUGGCGGAUGUUCGAGAAAAUUCAAAAGAUCGCAAUGGUUUAGUUACUUUGCAAGAAAAAUUACUAAACGAUAUAUUAUUACCUAAAGAAAGAUUAGCGAUGUCCAAUGUCGCUAGAGGCAUUAAUCUAAUACAACAAAGACUUCGUCAUAAAAGAGUUCUU